UGCGGGCGCCGCUGGGUGAGUCCCUCUCUCCGCCGCCUCUGCCUCCACUGCUCCGCUCUCCCGAAGAAAAGAAGAGGAGAGGAGGACUGACUGGGUCCGGGGAGGAGGAGGGCCCCCGCCACCGCCGCCAUUAUCCGAAAGCAGCCUCAAAUCGCACUUUCACACACGCGAUCGGCUCCUAAAAGCGGCAAGCGGACGCUCCCGAACGCCUCGUGAAUGUUUUGUCGGAGACCCAAAGGCUGCCGAAUUGCGAGCUAGCGGCCUGUUUUGCGUGAGGCGUGUGCGGCCGGCCCAGCUUUAAACGUGCACAACAAUGGACACAAUAAUUGAGUGAAAACCAAGCAACGUGGUGAAGCCAGCGAGGCGAAAGCUUAGUAGGAUUUCAUUUCUGCACGCCGGGAUUUUAACACAAGCAAAAAACGACACCGGAUUGUUUUCUUUUGUGUUCGUAUGUGUGGAUAUUUAUCGCCUUUCCAGUGUUUUUCAAUCGCAACGGCGAAAGGAGCAAGUGAUGCCGAAGAGGAGAAAGCAAGCACGGGACCUGACUGUCAAACGAACUAAAAUUUAAGCCCUUUACCAACUAUAUGGACAAACCUUCAAGCCAACAUUUUACACAGUGCCUGUCUAAAACAGGAUGAUCGUCGGUAGAUUAUGAUGGCGAAAAAGCAAGAUGUCCGGUCCCCCAUUUACAACCUCAUUGUGGUGGGAUUGUCGGGUACGGAGAAAGAGAAAGGACAAUGCGGGGUCGGAAAGUCCUGUCUGUGUAAUCGGUAUGUCCGGCCGAGCGCGGACGACUUCUACUUAGACCACACGUCGGUUUUGAGCACCAGUGACUUUGGUGGUCGAGUGGUCAACAAUGAUCACUUUCUGUUUUGGGGUGAGGUCUCGCGGCUUCUGGAGGAAGGGCCAGAGUGUCGAAUGCAUGUCGUGGAGCAAACUGAAUUCAUCGACGACCAGACAUUUCAGCCGCAUCGUAGCACCGCUAUGCAGCCCUACAUCAAACGGGCAGCCGCCACCAAGUUGGCAUCGGCAGAGAAGCUCAUGUACUUCUGCACCGAUCAGCUGGGCCUGGAGCAAGACUUUGAACAAAAGCAAAUGCCCGAGGGCAAACUGCAGGUUGACGGUUUCCUGCUCUGUGUCGAUGUCAGCCGGGGUAUGAACCGCAAUUUCGAUGACCAGCUGAAAUUUGUCACCAACAUUUACGGUCAGCUGAGCAAGACCAAGAAACCCAUUGUGUUAGUGCUCACCAAGUGUGAUGAAGGCGUCGAACGCUACAUCAAAGACGCGCAUACCUUUGCCAUCACUAAAAAGAGCCUACCUGUCGUCGAGACGUCUGCUCGUUCAAACAUAAACGUGGACCUCGCCUUCCUCACAUUGGUUCAGCUUAUCGAUAAAAGCAGAGGGAAGCCUAAAAUCAUCCCCUAUUUCGAAGCACUAAAGCUUCAGAGUCAGCAGAUAGCUUCCGCCAAGGAUCGCUAUGAAUGGUUAAUCAACCGGAUAGUGAAGAAUCAUAAUGAAACCUGGCUCAACACCAGUCGACGCAUGAACACCUCACCAGAAUACAAAGAGUAUGUUUUCUUGGAGGGAACUGCUAAAUGCAAGAAGCUAUUUCAACAGCAUGUUUACCGUCUGAAGCAGGAACAUAUCGAGCGGCGGCGUAAAAUCUACCUGAGCACACUCCCUCUUGCACUUAGUUCUUUGGUGCCGGACCUGGAUGAAAUAGAUCAGCUUAGCUGGUCUGGCGUGCAGAAGGUUCUCGAGUCCAAGCAGCACUUUGCCCAUUGGUUUGUUGUUCUGGAGGACUCUCCCUGGGAGGAUACGUCUCACAUUGACAACAUGGAGGACGAGCGGAUCCCGUCAGACCUUCUGGAGACGGAUGAAGCGGAGGAAUUAUUCAAUGCUCACCUGGAGCAUUUACGUAACGAGUGCAGACGCGCAGAGAUGAGGCUCGAGUUUAAACACAAGCUUUCCUCUUCUCCCUUCGUCACACCCGGUAGACCUUGGGAGGAGGCCCGUAGCUUCAUCAUGAAUGAAGAGUUCUACCAAUGGCUUGAGGAACCUGAGUAUUUAGAACUUUACAACCGUCAUCAAAAAGAGAUCAUCGACCGCGCUAAAGAAGAUUUUCAGGAGUUGUUGCUGGAGUACUCUGAGCUUUUUUACGAGCUCGAAGUGGACGCCAAACCGAGUAAGGAGAAGAUGGGGGCGAUUCAGGAAGUGUUGGUGGAGGAGCAAAGGUUCAAGGUGCUGCAAAAGCUUCCAGCUGAAAGAGACGCUCUAGUAUUGAAGCAUAUCCAUUUUGUAUAUCACCCUACUAAGGAGACCUGCCCGAGCAGUCCCCACUGUGGAGACUCAAAGAUUGAACAGCUCCUGGCAUCUCGUUUCCCGACAUGUUAUCCCUUUUUUGAUGUGAAAGCUCAUUUCGGGGAUACGAAGGCUGACAGAAUCAAUCUUGUCAUACUGGGGAAAGAUGGACUGGCCAGAGAAUUUGCCAAUGAGAUUAGGGCUCUCUGCACAAAUGAUGACUGGUAUGUAUUAGACGGGAAGAUGUACGAGCUGACGCUGCGGCCCAUUGAGGGAAAUGUGCGUCUUCCUGUAAAUUCUUUCCACACUCCGACAUUCACCCCUCACGGAUGUCUGUGUCUGUAUAAUUCGAAAGAGUCCCUCUCCUAUGUGAUUGAAAGCCUUGAGCGUCUCAGGGAAUCAACCUUAGGUCGAAGGGACAGCCAGUUAGCGCAGCUGCCAACAUCUCUGCUCCUAGUCACCAAAAGAGGCGUAGGGUCCUAUGUGGAUGUGGGUGGAGAAACUGCCUUAAACCUAAUAACACAGGGACAGCAAGUUGCAAGGAGAUUGCAGUGUAGCUUCUUAGAUCCUGCCUCUCCCGGUGUCGGCUACGGUCAUAACGUCAGCGAGUCGCAAAUUAACCAAGUGCUAAGGGGCCUUCUGGAUACUCGGAGGAGUACAUCUUUUAGUAGCAGUUCCCCUCCGCUCCUUCCUGAGCCCCCGGGUUUGAGGGAGUCUCCCCAUCAGCCAGCCCCAGAGGCAGAUCUUCGCAUUGUCAUGUGUUUAAUGUGUGGAGACACCUACGACAUUGAACAGCUGCUGUCCCCCUUCCUGAUGCAUCAGCACUGCAGGCCCAUGUCCAACAGCGGCACCUCCGUAUUACUAGAGCAGACUGUUGCUGGACAUAAGCUGGCGAUAGAGCUAUCCGUUCUCUCGUAUCACGCCUCCUUCACUUUACGGAAGAGCAGGCUUGUACACGGCUACUUUGCUGUGUACUCGGUCUCCCGAAAAGCAUCCCUGGAGACGCUGUGCGCGUUCUUAUGUGAGGUUCAGGACAUCAUCCCAGUGCAGCUGUUGGCAGUAGGCGACAGCCAAGCCGAGCUGACAGAGAGCGACUACGCUCGGGAGCAGCAGAUCCAAGGAGAAGAACUGGCGCACGAGAUCGAAGGCCGUUUCAACAGUGUGGUUUGCGGAUCCGGGGGUGUCGUCGGAGGCCUGCACAGGAUAGAGAUGUUCCAUCCCUUCCUCAUGGAGGUGGUAGAGAAGCGCAACAUUGUGGAAGCCACGCACAUGUACGAUAAUGUCGCCGAAGCGUGCACCAAUGAAAACGUGUACUCCCCGCGCUGUAGUUCUCCCAGCCCUGUCACCAUGUUCCUGGAUUCAGAAGAUGACGUCGAGCCUUCGCCUCCAUACUACGACGGCACUCUAACGUCUCACCACGGGGGGUUCAACCUCCCCGACUUGGACUCUGGUGAUAUCUCUCUUAUCUCUGACAUCAGAGACCUGGAAAGCAAAUUGAACAACAAGGUUCCUCCGCACGUCAGAGUUAAACCUGGCGUCACUUUCGACUUCCGAAAGGUCAGCCGAAACCCAUACAUGGACACGGUUGGUCACCGGCGGUCCCUACCGUCCGCUGUUACCUGGGUACCCGGGGGCGACGUGGGCUACGACCCCUCAGACUACGCGGAACCGAUGGACGCCGUUUGCAAGCCCCGCCCCAGCAACGACGAGAUCAUCUACUCUGUGCCGCAUGACAGCACGCAAGGAAAGAUCAUCACCAUCCGCAACUCCAACAGGAUGCACUCCAAUGGCAACGGCUCUGACAGUGAAGCGGACAGCAGCUCUCUGGAGAGAAGGAGGAAAUUCUCUGCGGUGGGCGUGAAGCCCCGGCUGUACCGCGACCGCUCCAAGCGGCUCGGCAAAUUCAGCAGCUUCCGCACCAGCUUCAUAGGCAGCGACGACGAGAUGGGAGCGCUCCACAAGUCCAAGGAAGACGACUUCGGGACACUGAAAGGUGAAAGUCUGGUUAUCGAGGAGAAUGAAGACCCCAAAAAGAGGAACAUCCUGAAGAGUUUGCGACGAACAGCCAAGAAAUCAAGAUCGAAGCCCCGUCCUGCGAUCCCCAAGCCCAUGGAAAGCAACUAUUUUGGGGUCCCAUUAGCCAAUGUGGUGUCCCUAGACAGACCUAUUCCACUCUUCAUUGAGAAGUGUGUUCGCUUCAUUGAGACUACAGGUCUGAACACAGAAGGCUUGUACCGUGUAAGUGGGAACAAGUCGGAGAUGGAAAGCAUGCAGAGGCAGUUUGAACAAGACCAUGGAUUAGACCUGGUGGAGAAAGACUUCUCCAUAAACACUGUGGCCGGAGCCCUGAAGAGCUUCUUUUCCGAGCUGCCUGAGCCCCUGGUGCCUUGUGCUCUGCAGGUGGACCUACUGGAUGCUUUCAAAAUCACUGACAGAGAACAGCGGCUGUACACCAUGAAGGAUGUCCUGAGGAGGUUCCCCAGGGAGAAUUACGAUGCCUUCAAAUACGUCGUGAGCCACUUGCACAAGGUGAGCCAGCUGAGCAGGCUGAACCUGAUGACCAGCGAGAACUUGUCCAUCUGCUUCUGGCCGACGCUCAUGCGACCGGACUUCACCACCAUGGACGCCCUGACGGCCACGCGCACCUACCAGACAAUCAUCGAGAUCUUCAUCCACCAGUGUGCAUUCUUCUUCUACAACCAGCCGCUCAUCGACUCUCCCACGGGCCUCGGGGGGCUUCCGGCUUCUCCCACCACCACCUUGGGCGGAAGCUCGGCCUACUCUUGCUACCGCUCGUCUCCGCCGCACACGGGCGCGCACUUCAGCCCCCUUCAGCAGCAGUCGCCGCCCAACACCCCCCAGUCACCUCUACAGUCCCUGCCACCCUCCUUGCACCAGCAUGCCCACCCUCACCCGCACCUCUCCCCUGCUGAACAGGAGACACUGUGAGACAACCAAACCGUGCGUGCCCAGAAUGCCCCCCUCGACGCCAUCUCACAAUUAUGGUGGGUGGGGGGAGUGCUCCCGACCUCACGCUGGUGUGUUUGAGGGUCAUCUGGAAGCAAGAAACGUGGCCACAUUGUUUUAACUUUUAUUUUUCCUCAUGAAGUACUGCCACUGGAUUUGUUGACUCUGUCCUCGUCGGGGGAAUUUUGCGCCCUCUAGUGGCUGCAUUGGGAGGGGACUCAUUUCAAUGGUAAGAGGUAGGGGCGUACACAUCCAGGGAUGCACUUUAAUGUUUUAGUUUUUUCUUUUUUUUGACAUACUUGUGUUUUUAAUGGGGUACUACACCAAAAGCAUUUAAAAAAAGAACAAUACCACAAUUUAUUUUUUCAAACAGAUGUGCAUGUUGCUAGCGGUCUCAGCAAUACAAUUGUAUACAUUGUAAUGUGUUCUAUUGGUUAGCAUAAAAAAUCUUACUCUUGGUUCAAACUAUGGUACUUUUUGUUCAUAUUUGGUUAGUAGUUAUACCUGAAACCAACAUUUAUUGAUAUAUUUUUAAAAAAAUUUUAUCUCCGGUUCAGAGGUGGGUAGUAAUGCGUAUAUUUAGUCCGUUACAUUUACUUUAACUUUUUGAGAAAAACGUACUUCUUAGUUUUACCACGCAAUACUUUUUACUUGAGUAGAUUUGUGUAGAGGAAAAAGUACCCUUAUUCCACUACUUUGGGCAACAAUAGUCGUUACAUUUUUCGUCUUUAUAUUGACUCAUUUUUUGCCAAUGAUGCCGACAGUGGCUGUCUCAGUUUCACUAAUGCAGGGGUCUGCAACCCGUGCAAACGGCUCUUUUAACCCGCUGAUGCGGCUCAGUAUUAUAUUGAAUAAAUGAUUAUGCGUUUCAAAUUUAUUCUGGCGCUUGUGAGAUUUAAGUAAGAAUUUUACCUUCCUUUUAAUAGGCAGAUCAGGACAGACUCUCUGUUUUGUGUGUUUGUUAACAGAACACUUACGAUUGAAUUCACCCACUAUGUAAAGUUCUGGUUGCCCACCAGAAGGUGUACCCCCAAAUCGUUGCACCAUUUACAGGAGCAAAGACUUGUGGGUACACUUUCCAAAUUAGAAUCACGACCUCACUUAGUUCACUCAUUUAGCUUAUUAAUUCACCAACUAUGUAAAGUCAUGGUUACCACUCAGAAUGUGUACCCAAAAGUCUUUGUGCAAUUCACAGGCGCAAAGCAUACUAAAAGGAGUCAAAUAUGCAGCACAGAAUACACAUAUACGUAUGUAUGUGUAUAUAUAUUUUAGGGCUGUAGCUAUUGAUUAUUUUAGUAGUCGAUUAAUCGAUGAACUACUUAAUUUGAAUAAUCGAGUAAUCUGAUCAGGAACAUGAAAAAUUAAAAUACCUGAGCUGGGCCUCAAACUGUAUAAAUGUGUUUUUUUUUUUUAAUGAGGAUCUAUAUACAACAAAAGAACAAUUGGCUAACUUACAUCGCAAAAGUCCGCUAGCUUAAAUGCUGUAAAAUGCAAACAUUAAAAAAAAAAAAUUUUUUUUAAACAAUGUUCUUAAGAAAUGGUUCAGACACAUAUUCCCACAAAAAAAAAAAAAAAAACUGCUAAACAUACGUAUAAACUAAAUUACGAAUGCAUUGUAAAAAACAUUAGCUCAAACAAAAAAGUAGCUUAUAUUGGUCUUAGCAGGGAGCAGAAAAAUUUAAUUUGAAUCUUUUUUUCCUAAUCGAAUACUCGAGUUAAUCGAUUAAUUGUUGCAGCACUAUAUAUUACAUAUAUAUAUAAAAUAUUCGAAUUAAAUUCUAUUGCUUCGAGUAUUUGUUCAAUUAGUGGCGUUGUAAUGGUUUAUUUUGAAAGUGUUUGCAUUUAGUUUUAUUGAUUAGGGCGGAUACACUGCCCUUAUGUCUGCCUCUUUUAGCCGUUUUUUGUGGGAAUGUGUCUGAACCAUUUGUUAAGACCAUUGUUUAAAAAAAAAAAAAAAAGCAUUUUAUAGCAUUUAAGCUAGCAGACUUUUGCUAUUUAAGUUAGCCAAUUGUUCUUUUGUUGUACAUAAAUCCUCAUUUUUUUAAAUAUCGUUUGAGGCUCAGCUCAGGUUAUUUUAAUUUUUCAUGUUCCUUAUCCGAUUAUUCGAACUCCCUAGUUCAUCGAUUAAUCGACUACUAAAAUAAUCGAUAGCUGCAGCCCUUAUAUAUAAAAUCGUGCUGAUGUAAUUAUUUCAAAUGUCUACAGUAUAUGUAUGUACGGCUCUAGUGAUGUCUUUUCUGUUGAAACGGGGUCAAAAUUGCUCUGAGUGUUGAAGGUUGCCGACCCCUGCACUAAUGAGACGUCGCAACAAUAACCAAAUGACUCCAUUUUACCAAUCGGAGGUAACAAUGUUUUUUUCUCCACUAGAGGGCACUCAUGCUCCUUGGAUGCGUGAUGGUUCAUAGUGUUGUUCUGGUCUGAAUUUGAUUUUUGUGUCAUCUAUUUGGCCUAAUAUGGUCAUUAAUAAUAGUAACAGGUCAUAUAAAUGAAUAUGUGCUGAAGAAAAAAUGUACCAUUAUUUAAAAAAACAAAAAACAAAACAAAAAAAAAAAAAACUGGCAUUUUAAGCAGUUACUCACAAUGUUACUCAUUACUUGACUAUUCUUUUCAACUAUUUUUUUUUUUACUUGUACUUGAGUAAUGUUUGGAUGACCGCCUUUACUUCAAUUUGAGUAAUAUUAUUUAGAAGUAACACUACUCUUACUUGAGUAAAAUAUUCAGCUACUCUACCCACCUCUGCUACUGUUGCCAUGGAAAUGCAAUGUCUGCUGUCAAAGUCCUAAGAUGAUAAAGCAUGUACUUCUUCAUAAGUGUGCCAAAUUUUAGAAGAAAAAUAUUGACGCAUUCCCGAGUUAGAGCAAAAUUUGUAAAUAAAGGCGUCGACCUGUGAUAUCAUAAACUACAAUGUUUACUAUUUAUUGCUGAGAUCUAGCAACAUUGUCAUUAAAAAAAGGAAAAGAUUGUGACACUGCUUUCAUUUUCAAUGCUGGUGGUGUUGUACCCUCUUAAUUUUGACAGCUCAGCCAUACCCAUUGCCUGUACAUAACAGAGCUCUGGCAGAUCAAACCUUGUUUACAUAGAAUUUGUAUUUUUUUUUUUUUUUUAUAUCCACAUACUUCUCUGAAGCACUUUUUUGAUAGUGUAGCGUUACAUUUUAUUUGUCCACAUUGCUCGUUCGGUGAUCGAGUCUGGCGACGAGAUCUCCUAACGUUAAAACGUUCACUGGUUGGAUUAACCUGUUCCUCACUCAUCCGGCCAAGUGAAGUAUAGUUCUAGGCUUUGUCCUCUUUCAAACUGUUGUUCAAUUAAAGGGGAAGUUCAGAUUUUUUUUUACAAUAGGCUUAAUGUUCGAGUUAGCGGGAGUUUUAUUCGUCAUUGGAGUUGAUUUCAACAAAUUCCGUGUAGUUUGUUAGUUAUUUGUUAGUUUCAAGGCUCCGGAGUCGCUAAGCUAGCGGGAGUCAAUGGGACGAUCUUAGCAUGCUAAUAAAAAGCAACAUAUGCCACGCAUGAAAAUCAACGAUGACUCAUGCAAUCAAUAGUGUUGGCUAGGUUUUCAGGAUAAAGUUAUUAAAACUUAUUGCAUGUCAAAAAUUGUGGUAUGAAGAGCAACAUUUGUAAUCCAGCAGCUCUCCAGGAAGCAGGGCGGAGUGAUAUCACAUAGUUUUUUUCAUCGUUGAAUUUUUCAUGUCCUAGCCAGUGGAAACUUUCCUAUGCCCAUUUACUCUGUUUCCACAAUCCCUAAAUGCAAAUUUCUUCAUUUUGCCAUCCUUCAGUCAACACAGCAGACUGUUGCUGCAUUCAAGGAGGGUGGGAAGUCGUAGUUUCCAACAUCCGACCUGCAGUAGUCGCGAAAUCUAAAAAAAAGUACCCAGAUAUCACGAGUUGCUUCUAUCAGAUGUCGCUCAACAAAAUGGCGCCGCCCGUUAAAAAAAGCACACCAUCAAUAGUAAAACUAAAGAAGGCAGUUUUACAGUGUGUGCUAUUUACCUCGGCCGUCGUUUUUCCCUCCACUAUUUGAUCGCUUACGAGAAGGCGGGUUUGCUACAGGUCAAAAUGGCUUUUAAUGGCCAAAAUAAAAAAACUUUUCACAUCAGCCAUCUUUUCUGUGUACAUUUGCUUGGAAAGCUAUACGAGGUCGCAACUGGUACCAGCCGAGUGGGACAAGUCAGACUUCCGCGAAUGCAUCGUGAGCACAAGUGGCUGAAGCACUCUAUAUUGUGUUCGCAUGAUGCAUUUUUUAAAAAAUCGUCCCGCAAAAUGGAAUGAAUGACUGCAGUUUGCUAUGACAUUAUUUUGGCCGCGUGGGUACUUCGAAUUUAUUUGACUAUCUUAGAUCUGUUAAUGUUGUUUUAUAUUGGCAUGCUAAUAUUGUACCGUUGACUUGCGCUAGCUUAGCCACUCCGGAGCCCUGAAACUAACAAAUAACUGACAAGCUGCCCAGAAUUUGUUGAAAUCGACUCCAGCGACUACCGUAAUUUUCGGACUAUAAUCUAUAAAGCUUUGCAGUCAAUUGGUUCAAAGCUUCAUGUGGUUUAUGACGAUCUUAUACCACCACUGUCAAAUUAGUGUUACCAAAUACCAUAACUAGCAAUUAAUCAAACAACUGGAACAGUAACUGAAGAAAUAAUUAGCACGGAACAAGAGUUUUGAUUUUUACUUACAUUUGUAGCGCUGCAAUACAUGCUAGGAGGCAUGUUGGACGACAACAGUGUUGGCAGCAAAGGUUGACUGUCUCCCCCAAAGGGACAGUGAUGGCCAAAUGAAGCUUCAUGGUGGUUCAUUUGGUCUUAUGAUAGUCUUAUAGCACCACUGUUGAAUUAGUGUUACCAGAUACCAUAACUAGCAAUUAAUCAAACGGCUGUAACAGUAACUGAAGAAAUAAUUAGCACAGAACAUGAAUUUUGAUUGUUACUUACAUCUGUUGCACUGCAAUGCAUGCUAGGAGGCAUGCUGGACAAAAAGAGUCUUGACAGCAGGUGGUAGUAGAGGUUGACUGUCUACCCCAAACUAGCAAUGAUGGCCAAAUGAAGCUUCUUGAGGCAAUGAAUGGUGGUUCACUCAGUCUUAUGACAGUCUUAUAGCGCCACUGUCAAAUUACUGUUACUAGAUACCGUAACUAGCAAUUAAUCAAACAUCUGGAACAGUAACUGAAGAAAUAAUUAGCACAGAACAUGAAUUUUGAUUGUUAUUUACAUGUAGCACUGCAAUGCAUGCUAGGAGGCAUGUUUGACAAAAACAAUGUCUACACCAGGUGGCAGCUAAGGUUGACUGUCUCUCCCAAAGGGGAAAUGAUGGCCAAAUGAAGCUUUGCACUCAAUCGGUCCAAAACUUCAUGGUGGUUCAUUUGGUCUUAUGACAGUCUUAUAGCGCCACUGUCAAAUUAGUAGAGCUGAGAAUCUUUGGGCACCUAACGAUUCGAUUACGAUUACGAUUCAGAUGGUCCGAUUCGAUUCUAAAACGAUUAUUGAUGCAUUUUUGUAAAAUAUUUUGUACAUUUGUUCCAAAAUUGUUCAAAAAUACUCUCAGGCUAAACCAAACUACUAUUUCAGUAUCAAGUUAACAUAUAGCAGUAAACAAAUAUACAAAAAUAACAGUAAAUAAAAAACUCCAGUCCCCAUUCUGUAUCAGCAGGUUUAAACUACAUUCAAUUAAUUUAAUGUUGUGAAUCAACCGUUAAAGUUGUUAAAAUUACUCCCGUUAACCCAUAAUUUCCCUUUUGUCAACUUUCGACAUGUGAAAAUUUUAAAACUAUUUUAAAGAUAGAUUCAAGUCAAUAUUUUACCGAUUUAGGAGUAUUUUAGAUAAAAAGUUAAUUAGGUUUGCUUGGAAGGUUCGCUACAACAGCCUUGCAGAGAAGUGUACUGCUUUAAGAUGGCGGCCGUUUACUACGUCUGCAUCUAGCUUUUUGUAGAUGUGCUACAAACGCUACCGCUACCGUAGUGCAUCUAGUCUUAUAUAAAUGAUAUCUACCGUAACAUUAUAUGGAUGACGUACUUUUAUAGCAGCUUCAGGUAUGUUGUUGUGUUUUUUUAUCUCGAGGCAUGAGUUGAGCUAGAGCCGUGAGUUGAGCAUUGGCAUUACCCGAGGGGCCGGGUAAUGAGAAGCAUGAUGUUUAGUUACUCUCGCUCUGUUGCUCAUUGACCGCGCGGCGCGCUGAGUGUGUUGUACUUCCGCUUUACUUGGCAUAUUUCAAUAAUCGGAAUUUGGAUGUUUGUGAAUCGUUCUCGAAACUUCCACGGCCGAAUCGCGAAUAAUCUAAGAAUCGGAAAUUUUGCACACCUCUACAAAUUAGUGUUACCAGAUACCAUAACUAGCAAUUAAUAAAACAAAUGGAACAGUAACUGAUGAAAUAUUUAGCACAGAACAUGAAUUUUGGUUGUUAUUUGCAUCUGUAGCGAUGCAAUGCAUGCUACGAGGCAUGUUUGACAAAAACAGUGUCGACACCAGGUAGCAGCUGAGUGUCUCCCCUAAGGGAGCAGUGAUAGCUAAAUGAAGCCUCUUGAAGCAAUGAAGCUUCAUGGUGGUUCAUUUGGUCUUAUGACAGUCUUAUGAUGCUGCUGUCAAAUAAAGUGUUACCGAUCAAUAUCUUUUGUUGUUAAUAUCCCAUAACACAGGAAGAACAACUGCGGCUUAUAGUCCAGUGCGGCUUAUCUAUGAACACAUGUCGUUUUCGGGUCAAAUUUGGUGGGUAGCGGCUCAUAGUCCGAAAAUUACGGUAACUCGAAGAUUAAGCCUAAUGUCAAAAAUUUUGAACUUCCCUUUUAAGUUGGAUUUGAUACUGCAUCGACGGCGACAGACGUCCAUUCUGACUCCAUGUGACUCUUCAUCCUUUCUGCUGUGAAUUUAGUUGGUCACUAAAUACACAUUCAUUUCCAAAUGGAUUGGACAUCUAUCACCGUCAAUGACAGCCAAGGAGUUUGAAUAUAGAUCAAGUGAAGAAUUGCAGCCAUAUCUGAUCAACACACUUGAAACAUCACCAAUCUAUAAUGUUCCCUCCAGUUUACUGCAAAUACUGCUUCAACAAUAUGAAAGGAUGCGCGGACUGCGUCGCCACAUGUGAAGUACUUUAUCAUUCAUUGUUGAUGAAGAUGAAUGUUUUUUUUGUUUUUUUACCCAUAAAUUUUACAAGUUAAAGCUCUGCGUUUCCUACAGGGAAAGUGUGUUCAAUCACUGGAUUUUUUUUCCUGACUGUUCUACUGGAUCCAAAACCCACAAUGCUGUUUAAAUAGUCAUCCAUUUUAAAGUAGUUGCUCGUACAACUGCAAUUAAAGUGACUGUGUGAUUGUUUGUAGGCUGGGGAAGGACACCAGUGAAGUCAACGGUAGGAAACAUUUGUGUGUAUUUGGAUUGAAAUUCCAUUUUUACCAUUUUUUGUGAAGGGUUGAAGGCCACUUAGUGCAUGAUUUAAAAACACACUAAGGGAGAGGGAUGAAAGCCUCUCUCCCACUCUUUCAAAAUAUAAAUUUAGUCCAAGGACCGAGCAAAUGCUUCAAAAGAAAUAGCUUAUGUACUGCGCAUCAAGAGGGAAAAAAAAAACCUUGAAAUUUGUCUGACUGAGCAAAUAGUGAAGAUGAAGGCCUUAUGUGAACUGUAUGAUAGUUAAUAAAUUAAAUCUUGUAAAAUUGUCUUCAGUGUUUUCACUAACGUGUUGCUAAGUAACGCCUAAUUGUAAUUUGAUUACCAUCUUUCUUUCAGUAACGACCGAGAUAGCAGACAGACGUUGAAAAGAUGUUGAAUCAACAUUUCGCUGUCAAUCUUAGGGGCAGUUAACAUGGCGACUCUGCGACACGAAGACGCAAUGACUGUGUUGCGGAGUUGCCUCGCGUCAUAAGCGGAUUUUAAGGGGGGGGCGGGCCCUCCUGGUGGCCGAAAAGUAUCAUUGCAUGAAAUUGACUUUCUUAUAGGGAUGUCCCGAUCCAGGUUUUUGCACUUCUGAUCCGAUACCGAUAUUGUUUUGCGCUUCCGAUCCGAUACUGGCCGAUACCGAUACCGGCCUAUCCGAGCAUGUAUUAAAGUUUAAAGUUAUUUAGCCUACUUACUUAGUUGUCAGACUCAUGUUAAAAAGGGUUUUAUUACUCUUGAUAACAACUAGCCAUCUGAAUUAGCUGAAUUUGAAUAACACAAUGGUCGGUAACAAGAAACUGACCUGUUUAUUCAGUGAUAAACACAAAACAUUAUAAAUAACAAACAGAAAUGGCAUAUUCAGUCAGUAAAACAUGCAAAUAAUAUUGUAAACUGUCUUAAAAAAGCAAAACGCACAAACAACCUUCGUGGUAAAAAAAACUAUUAACUCUGCAUCAAUUCUCUGCUCUUGAACAACUGUACCAAGGCUUUAAAAAAAAUGAAGGUGUGCCAUAAAAUGCGGACCGGAUUUUAGGGAAACCAAAGCAAAAACUGGAAUUGAUUAUGUAAAUCAGUGCGCUACUGGACUGGAAACAACUGGAUCCGGAGUCUGGAUCGGAAUUUUUCCGUGUCAGCCGAUCUGAUAUUGAUGCGCAUUUUUUUGCACAUAUCGGCGGUCGAUCCGAUCCAAAUAUCGGAUCGGGACAACCCUACUUUCCUAUAUAUACAGAAGUUGUGAAGCAAUAAAACUGUAACAAAAAUGAAUGAAAUAAACAAAAAAAAUUUUAUAAUGCGUCAAAAUUAUUUUUCGAGCAGAUCAUGUGACUAGAACCUUAGACGGUCAUUUGCUUUGCAUAUAAUUACAAAAAAUAUAUAUUUUUCAAAGGAUUUUUUUAUUUGGUCCUAGCCAAAAUGUGGCCCAAACACAAAUCAACAUUACUUCAAAUUAAAAAAAAUUGCUUCAAUCAAAAAAAAAAAAAAAUUCAACCAAAAAUAAAUAGCUUCCACAUGCAUUUUUUUGUAGUUUCAAAUUUAUUUUUGCAUUCAAACACAUUUUAUUUUUGAUUGAAAAUAUGUAUUUUGAUUGAAGCAACUUUUUGUUAUUGAAGCAACUUUUUUUUUGAUUGAAUAAGACACAAAUCUACCUCUAUAUGGCUCCGCCCAGGGGAUACCAUUUUUGACAGGGGUAACUACAUUGGCACGACACCGGUGGGGGUACCAUAUUCAAUGGAGGAGGAUCUUGGCCUAAGCAGCCUGAUUUAGAAUUCCAUUCAAGAAUUAGCGUAAACAAAAAAACUGUCAUUGUCAACUUAUCAUUAUAAAUAUUCUUGUAAGUUAAUUUUAUUGCAAACACUGCGUUUCGGGGUCUUCAACAUGUUGUGCCCCCCCCGCCCCAAAGUCAAACUAUGCCUCACGUGCAUAUAGAGCAGGGCGGUAAACCGAAAAUUUACCGUAACCGAAAUUCUUCACGAUGACCGACGUAAUUUUGACCAUGUCGGUAAAUUCGGUAAAUUAAUAAAACAAGAAAAUAGUCUUUUCAUCCGGCUUUGACUCUGUGUUGUUCGUCUAUGUUCAUUCCCCUUUAAGAAAACAGUCAAUGUGCUUACAUAGAGAGUCACGUGAUCAUCGGGAAGCCAAUCAAACAGAAGCCUGGUAAGCUAACGCUAGCAGCUAACGCUACAAGCAAAACGUGAUGGAGUGUGGCUUAAGGGAGGUUCGCCACACUCUCACCCGACAUUUAGUAGAUUCUUGGUGGCAUCCAGACGGGCUUUCACCCGCUGUCCUCCCUUGUUCUCACGAUUUCCGGAGAUGUUGCUUUCAGUACUUUCUACUGGUAGCCAGGCCACAGGCUAACGCUAGCGGCCGCUAGCGGCUAACGCUACAAAUGAACGUGAUGGAGUCGGAUAGCGGCUCUAACCUUGUCGAAACGGCUGAACUUAAUGAGUGGAUUGGGCACGGACUGCAUCCAGCAAUUACUAUGUCGCGUUAUUUUGUAUCUUUCUGUGUGUGAUUUCUCAGAUAGCUUUUGUGAUGGUAAAGCAUUCAGCUUAAAGCACAAUCCAACGGUGAAUAUGACAGAGAAAUGGCCCCAGCUAUUUUUCUGUAUGUGCUUAAUUCUCUGUCAUUAUUGCUAUCAUAAAAUCUUAAGUGUUUCAUUUGCAGAAGAUCAAUAUAGCUUUAAUGUGUGUCUGUCUGUCUGUUUGGGGGUUCAUGUAUGCGUGAAUUUAUUAAAAAAUGCACUGGGGGGGAAAAAAACCCUGAAACCAUAAAGUAAACACUUGUAUUGAAUAAUUAUGUCAC